AAUUGGUUUUAGCCUUAACUGAUUGGCAGAUUACUAUUAUUAAGUAUUAAGAAAUUGUAUCUGUUUGAUUCUUAAAUAUAACGGAUAGGAUAUUUUAAUAAUUGUAUAUAGAAUUGUCUAAAACCUUCUCAGUUCCCUCUUCACAAACCCUCGGAUCACAGUGUUAGGGUUCUUCAAUUUUCUCCGAUUGCCAUCAAACAUCACACACCACCCACCAACUAUACGUCAGCAUUGAACCCUAAAAUACAUGACUCAGAAGCAGAGAACCAGAAUCCCAGAUUCCAUGGAAACCCAGUACGAGGAGAGUGAGAAAGACGAGUCUUCCUCUUCUUAUAGUUCCUCAGAAGAUGAGGAGGAAGAGAUAGAGAAGGAGCUGGCUGAUGUAACGUUUGAGGAGUUGCAGAAAGCACGCUCGAAUGGGGCACAUGCAUUUUUCCAGAAACCCAAAGAAGACAUAAAAUUAAAAAGGGCUAACAAGAAUAGGCCAAUGGAAGCUAGUAGCAAGAAGCCGGUUACUGGGUUUAGAGAGGUCAUCCAAGCUCCAAAGAAGGUUGUACGUGAUCCACGAUUUGAAUCUCUUUGUGGUAAACUUGACCCUGAUGGAAACUGUCAGAUAAUGCUGAAGGAUUCUUGUUCUGAUCUGUAUCAUAGUGCGUACCAAGAAGUAUCAAGGUUUAGGAAGAGAUAUAAUUUCUUAUACGAAAAUGAUCUUCCUGCUGAAAGACAGGCUCUUAAGAAGGAAUUGAAAAAAUAUAAAGACCCGAAGCGCGUAAAUGAAAUAGAAGAACGUAUAUCAUGGAUUGGUAAACAAGUGAAGUCUGAUUCAGCGAAGCAUAUUGAUGCAGAAAUAUUGGCUAAGCACAAAAAGAAAGAGAGAGAAGCAGCAAAGCAGGGAAAACGUCCUUUUUAUCUCAAGAAAUCUGAAAUACGGAAGCAAAGGCUUAUUGAAAAAUAUAACCAUCUCAAGUCAUCUGGCAAACUGGAAGCAUUUGUUGAGAAAAGGAGGAGGAGGAAUGCUGCAAAGGACCAUAGAUACAUGCCAUAUCGUAGAUCUGGUGAUGUGGAAUAGGUUUUGUAGCUUUAAGAUUCUUUUGUAGGCUAAAAUUAUACUGGAAUAUAGCACCAAAAAGAAAAGUAGUGUAUUUAUUCGGUCUGCCAUCUUUGGGGAUUAAAUAUGAACUCUUGUUGAUGACUAUCAUGGUAUUUGUUCUGUGACUGGUAUUUAUCUAUUCUUGAAGAUUUACUAAUUGGGGAAUGGAGAGGCGCCUCUAGGCUAUAAGGCAAUCUUUUGAUUC